AUGAAGAGUGGGGAAAAGACACAGAUGCAAAUAAAAGGAUACAUGCUACGAAAAAACACCGCGGAGCUGGCAGUCGGGAACGGCGUGAACGCCGAGAAAACAACACACAAAGGAGACCUCGGAGGAGGAGGAAGCAGCGCUGGCGGCGUGACCGCCGACAAGAACACGACCCUACAAGGCAAAGAUCGUGGUGGCUUCGGCUGCACCAGCGUUGGAGGAACAAAUACCACCAAAACAACAACACUGAGAAGAGACGGCGGCACUGGCGGCGCGACCGGGAAUACAACAACACAAGACGGGAGUCGCGGUGGCUUAGGCUGCGCCGGUGCUAGUAAAGGAGCAAGCAUCACCAAAACAACACCACGGAGAGGUGGAGGUGGCGACGCCAGCGAUACAGACGCCGGGAAAACUUCAACACAGAGUGGAGAUCGUGGUGGCGGCGGCGGCGUCGCUGCUGGUAAUCAACCCUACAUAAUGGAUGCUGCUACUCUAAAGAAUGCGGUGAGUGAAGCAAUGGCAGCGGGGCUAAUUACAAUCCAAACCGAAAUGAAAAAAGAGCUCUCUGAAUUCAGGGACUGCCUCCGGGGAGAUCUUAAAAAACAAAUGGAGGAGUUUAAAGCGGAAAUAAACAAGAAGAUGCAUGACUCUACAGCCCGAGUUGAUGUAGCAGAGAAACGAAUGGAGGACAUUGAGGAAAGUUUUGUUCUUAUGGAGAAAUGGGACAUAGGAGUCAAAGACACUCUCAUUCAACUUCUCUCUGACCAGCGGGCUUUAGAAGAUAAACUGACUUCAAUUGAACAACAGGCACGUAGAAAUAAUAUACGCUGCUAUUCUCUAGCUGAGGGAGUAGAAAAGGACUCUCCAGUCAAAUUUAUGGAAAACCUGAUAAAGACUGAACUGGGUCUUACAGAUCUGGUCCAGAACCAGAACCCUGGAAUAGAAAGAGCUUAUAGAGUUGGCCCAAAACCGCCCGAAGGUGCUCCGCCGCGCUCCAUGAUAGUACGGUUCCUCCAGCUCGCAGUGAAAGAAGAAGUCCUCCACACAGCCUGGGCAAAAAAGCCCUGUGUCCAGGGCAAACGGGUCUAUUUUGAUCACGACUACGCAGAUGCUGUGCAAAAAAAGAGACAAGAAUAUGUACCCAUCAAAAAGGCCCUCUCAGCCAAGAAAAUACCCUUCAAAACACCGAUGACCAAAAUGCGGGUUGAAUUCGAGAAGGGUACCUACACCACAUACAACAGCGCAGCAGAAGCAGUGAAGGACCUCAGAAGCAGGGGAUACACCGUGGAGAACUUCACCCCCAAGAAUAAGAAGAAGAAAGGCAUAACAGAGAAAAGGUUGGCUGAGCUUCUUCCAUGGGAAACAACAGGGCCCCAAUACCCUGGGGCCAAGGAGAAAUUUCAACAACAGAUGCAGAAGAAGCAGAGCGAACGCAGCAGUAUGGAAACUGAAGAUACAGACCUACCAGAAGCGUGA